UCUUGGGGUGUUCCUGACCAUAAUGACCUGGCAGUGACUCUUACGUAUAGUCUUAACCUUGCAGGUGGCGUUCUGGACUGAAGAUGUUCCCACCCCAGUUCCAAGGAUGUCAUCCCGAAACCAGUCAAGAGUUCUUCAUAAAUUCAAGGAGAUCCUCUUUUCUACUAUGUCUUCAGAAGAACUUCUAAAUUCCCUGGAUUCUUUCAACGCAAGAGAAGAUGAUGUGUUUCUGGUUUCCUAUCCAAAAUCUGGCACUCACUGGAUUGCAAAAGUCAUUGAGAACAUUCCCAACGCUGAAAUUACUCUAACAUCUCCAAUUGAAUUGGGAGACAUUUCUAAAUUUGAAGAGCUAAAAAUGUGUUGUAAUAGAAGAGUCAUUCCGACACAUUUGAACUAUAACAUGCUACCAGUGGAUGUUAAACAAAAACAAUGCAAGAUUAUCUACAUCGUUAGGAAUCCAAAAGACACUGCUGUUUCUCUCUUCCACUACUACAGAGAUAACCCGAAUCUCCCCGGCGUUGAAACCUGGGCUGCAUUUUUAGAGCUAUUUCUAAAAGGAAAUGUUGUGUAUGGAUCCUGGUUUGAUCAUGUUUUAAGCUGGGAAGAUCACAAAAAUGAUAAAAACAUUCUAUUUAUAUUCUAUGAAGAAAUGAAGAAAGAUCUUUCUAAAAGCAUAAAGAAAAUAACGACUUUCCUCGGCAUAAAUGUGAGUGAGAGCGAAAUUCAUCAGAUUGCUUGGAAAUCCUCAUUCAAAGAAAUGAAAAAUAACGCAGCCAAAGAAAACUGUGACCCCAACAAGACCAUCUGUGCCCUCACAUCUAAUAAGAACCUGGUAUUUAGGAAAGGAGCUGUGGGUGAUUGGAUAAACUACUUUACUCCAAAGCAGAAGAGAGUAUUUGAUGAACUGUUCAUGGAGAAAAUGAAACACAGUGAACUAGCAAGACACUUGGAAGAUUACUCUUAAUAU